AUGUCCAAGAGAGUCUUAGCCUUGUUCGAUGUUGAUGGAACCUUGACUGUUCCUAGAAACAAAGUCACCACCGAAAUGUACGAUACCUUGAUGAAAUUAAAACAAUCUGGAGUUGCUGUUGGUAUUGUUGGUGGUUCCGAUUUGGCCAAACAAUAUGAACAAAUGGGAGAAAAUAUUUUGAAUGAUUUUGAUUAUGUAUUUUCUGAGAAUGGACUUGUUGCUUAUGGAUCAGGUAAACUUAUUAAAGUUACUUCUAUCAAGGAUUAUCUCGGAGAGGAUAGAAUUAAGGAAUUUGUAAACUAUACACUCAGAGCUCUUGCUGAUAUUGAUAUUCCUGUUAAGAGAGGAACUUUUAUUGAAUUCAGAAAGGGAAUGUUCAAUGUUUCUCCAAUCGGAAGAAAUUGUUCUCAAGAAGAAAGAGAUGACUAUGAAAAGUAUGAUCAUCAACAUCAAAUCAGAGCCAAACUUGUUCAACAAUUACAAGAAAAGUUUAAGGAUUACAAUCUCAAAUAUAGUAUUGGUGGUCAAAUCAGUUUUGAUGUUUUCCCAGAAGGAUGGGAUAAGACUUUCUGCUUACAAUACGUUCAAGAUAGUUUCGAUGAAAUUCACUUCUUUGGUGAUAAGACUUCACCAGGUGGAAAUGAUUAUGAAAUUUUCUCACACGAACGUACUGUUGGUCACUCUGUUAAGACUUUCAAUGAUACUAUUAAGAUUAUCAAGGAAACUUGGCUUGAAAAUCAAAACUAA